CCCGGCUGCGGACGCCUGCGGGCAGGUUGUUUUUAUGAGGCGUCACUGGCGCUCGGAGCUGUGCCCGCUGCCAUCGCGACAGCCAGCAGUCGGGCGGAGGUGGCGUUGCCCCUCAGACACCUGAAACAUGUCUGAAAAUUCCAGUGACAGUGAUUCAUCUUGUGGGUGGACUGUCAUCAAUCAUGAGGGGUCUGAUAUUGAGAUGAUGAAUUCUGAACGUGGUGUAGCCAGUGACAGCCGGGAGCUCACUCCAGAAUGUUCGUCUUUAGAGCAAGAGGAGCUACAAGUAUUGCAGUUAGAACAGGGAGAAAACAGCCAAAAUUGCACAAUGUUAACGGGAGAAACUACUUAUUCAGCUGUGGAAGAAACCAAGUCAGCAGUUGAGGCAGAGGAAGAGAAGUCACCUGAAGACAAUGUCUAUUUUGGAACUGUCAGUGAUGAUUCUGAUAUUGUUACCCUUGAGCCACCUAAGUUAGAAGAAAUUGGAACUCAAGAAGAAGCGAUAAUUGUUGAAGAAACACAGAGCCCAGAAGACUUUAACAUGGGUUCUUCUUCGAGCAGCCAGUAUACCUUCUGUCAGCCAGAAAUUGUUUUUCCAUCUCAACCUAGCAACGAUGAAUCAAGUAGUGAUGAAACAGGUCAUCAGCCCAGUCCUGCUUUUAGACGGCGCCGAGCUAGGAAGAAGACUGUUUCUAGCUCAGAAUCUGAAGAGCGGCUGCCUCCUGAACAAGAAACUGACCCUUCCAAGGAGAACUUGCAUAAGCACCAGUUCAGUAGUGGUCUUAAUAAAUGUGUUAUACUUGCUUUGGUGAUUGCAGUCAGCAUGGGAUUUGGACAUUUCUAUGGCACAAUUCAGGUUCAGAAGCAUCAACAGAUGGUCAGAAAGGUACAUGAAGAUGAACUGAAUGAUAUGAAGGAUUAUCUUUCUCAAUGUCAACAGGAACAAGAGCCCGUGACAGACUAUAAGUCAUUGAAGAAGAACCUUGCAAGGUGUUGGACCCUGACUGAAGCAGAGAAAACGUCCUUUGAAACUCAGAAAAAGAACCUUGCUACAGAAAAUCAGUAUUUAAGAAUAUCUCUAGAGAAAGAAGAAAAAGCCUUGUGUUCAUUACAGGAAGAGUUAAGGAAACUAAGAGAACAGAUUAGGAUAUUAGAAGAUAAAGGAACAAGUACUGAAUUAGUUACAGAAAACCAGAAACUCAGGCAGCAUUUAGAAGAGGAAAAGAAGAAGACACACAGCUUUCUUAAUCAAAGGGAGACUUUACUGGCAGAAGCAAAGACCCUAAAGAGGGAACUGGACAGAGAACGACUAUUAACCAUGGCCUUAAGGGUGGAAGUCCAGCAGUUAAGCACUAGUCAGUCAUAUGGCAACCCGGACUCUACCAAUGUACUGACUGAAAAAAAGGAAAUAGAAACCUUACGGGGAAGACUUAGCGAGCUGGAGCAGAAGCUAACCUUUGAACAGCAGCGUUCUGAUUUGUGGGAAAGACUGUAUGUUGAGGCAAAGGAUCAAAAUGGAAAACAAGAAACUGAUGGAAAAAAGAAAGGUGGCAGAGGAGGCCACAGGGCUAAAAAUAAGUCAAAGGAAACCUUUUUGGGUUCAGUUAAGGAAACAUUUGAUGCAAUGAAGAAUUCAACCAAGGAAUUUGUGAGGCAUCAUAAAGAAAAAAUCAAACAGGCUAAAGAAGCUGUCAAAGAAAAUCUGAAAAAAUUCUCAGAUUCAGUUAAAUCUACUUUCAGACAUUUCAAAGAUACCACCAAGAAUAUCUUUGAUGAAAAGGGUAAUAAAAAAUUUGGUGCUACAAAAGAAGCUGCAGCUAAAAAGUCAAGAACAGUUUAUCGUGAAUAUUUCCAUCCGCAAUAUAAGACAACCACACAAAACCAGAAUAGUAGAGGCCCUACUGUGCAGAGAACGGGGAGGAAGGAAAAGCCCCUUCACUUUGGAAGAAACACACCUUCAGGGAAAUGCGGUGCUGAGCGUGACUGUGAUGAAAAUGAUCGUUCUUUGAGAAAGGGUUGUUCUGACGUAUUUGACUGUGCUCGACAGGAAUCCAUUAGCCUUUUCAAUGUAGCCUUGAAUCCGAUAAGGAUAGACGAAUUUAGACAGUUAAUACAGAGAUACUUAUUGAAAGAACUGGAUGGCUUCCAUCAUUGGAAAGAACUUGAUCAGUUCAUCAAUCAGUUUUUCCUAAAUGGUGUCUUUAUACACGAUCAGAAGCUCUUCAUCGACUUUGUUAGUGAUGUUAAAGAUUAUCUGAAAGCCCUGGAGGAGUACCACAUAGAUAAUGAUGGCGUGUUUGAGAAUCUGGAUGGAUAUAUAUAUAGACACUUCCUUGGUGACACUUUUUCCCCUCCGUAUGGACCCAGUCGACCUGAUAAAAAGCAACGUACGGUAAAUAUUGAAAACUCCAGGCAUCGAAAACAAGAGCAGAAGUAUCCUCAGCCACAGCCUUAUAAAAGGGAAGGUAAAUGGCAUAAACAUGGUCGCACUAAUGGAAGACACGUGGCACAUCUGGAAAUAGAAUUGGGGCAGUUACCUUUUGAUCCUAAAUAUUGACCGUCACGGUUAAGUUAAAAACUGUAAGAGAAACACGGGUGUUUUCUGGAAUGUUUGGUGUUGAAACUAAGGUGGAAUUAUCAAGAUGACGGUGUCAUUUUCAUUUCUAAGUAUCGGUUUGAUGACUUUAUACCAUUACUCGGAAGCAUCAGUCAAAAGCUUACUAACCUGCACUUUCCUGUAGUUUAGCUUUGCGGAAUUGUUUUGGCACUGGGAACGUUCAGCUCUGGUUUUACUGUAAAGGAAGCCAGGCAUGCGACAGAUUUUGUGCAUGAAGUGAGACUUCCUUUUAGAGUGUGAGCUUAAAGCAAGCUCAGAUCAUAUAUGACAAAGUGUAAUUAACCCUGAUAUUUGUGUUAAGUUUGCAGUAAAGCUCGAAGAGUACACUGUGAUGGGAUUUCAGCUUUCGUAUUUUAUAACCUUAUACUUCUUGUCUUUUGUGGGUUCAAGAGCCCCACUGACUUGUGAAGAUUUGCUGCCUUCUUAUGAGCUUGCUGGCUUAUUCUCUUGUGAAAUUUCUUGUACAUCUGAAUAUUGUGGAAGAAACAAUAAAACUGCACCACAAGGAAAACAAAAGUUCUUUAUUUAAAAUCUGGCACUGUAAUUUUGUACUUUGUGACAUUUUGUACAUUCCUAGGUAGUGGUAUUUGGUAAAGCUAUCCAUAGUGGUUUUAUGCUAAUUCCAAGAAUCUUGUCCAGUUUUUACUGGAGGAUCUAAGUAGGAUCUGAAUAUUUCCAUCCAGCAGUGUCAGUUUCUCUGGGAAACAUCUAAGCACGGUUCAGAAUUUCACCUGUCGAGUUUUCCUUUUAACUUCCGCUCAUAGAUGUGUAUGUGACUUCCAAUUCGACCUUCUGGCAAGUGAGUGUGGAAGAUUAUGUCAGUUCUCUCAUAGUUGCUUGAAAUUAGGAAAGCACUUAUUUCCUAGAAGCAAACAAUGUUUAAGUAAAUGAGGCUACAUUUUAACUGAGUACUGUUUAAAAGAAUUUUAGACUUGCCUAUUCUAAUUUCUCAAGAACUGUUUUCUUAAUAAAACUUAAUGAAAUGUCUUGAGGGAAGUGUUAACUUAUGGUAAGUAACAUACCUUAACAGUAACAGAACUGGGGCUGAUUUUGACUGGGGAAAAGACAAUUAUAAAAUAUUGAGUUUGAAAGGGACCGUACAAAAGGUUAUGUUCUCUUGUUUACCUGAGUGUCUGCCAAACCUAAGGUGAAAUAAAAAUAUUCAGAGUUUUUCAUGUUUACUUACCUCCUCCAAAAUGCUAAAGAUGAUCAAGUGAGUAGGCAAUGAUGAAUCAUUGUGAAACUCUUUAUAUAGCCAGUUUAAGGGAUUUAGGUAAAAUGUAUCUGCUUCAUCAAGAUAAUGACUUUUUCCAGUCAGGUCUGGGGGACACUGGAGAAAUCGCAUUGGAAGUGGGCAGUGAACAUGGCUGUGAAAAGAAAGUUACCAUUAUAGUUGGAAGAAGUAAAAAACAACAAAAGUAUUCAAAUUACUCAAGAUAUUUCAUGUUCAUAUGACAGAAUGUAAACUCUGUAAACCAGGGUCCAGUUAAUGCAGUUUUCUCAGAGAUGGAGAACAUGAUGCCCACACCAUGUUGCAUUGCAGCAGCAGUGACACUGCUGGGACCUUCAAGUCCACACUAAAGCACGAAACUCCAUUCUGAGGUGGAGCUAGGUCAGCUACCAGCUCGGGGUCUCAGAUUCUCUAGCAUUAGGAAGCUGUUCCAGGAAUUAAAUGGCCCCGGCAAUCAAGUAAGUUACUUGUUAAUACAGACAGUCCCUGGGCUACGGUUGAGAUCCAUUCCUUUCGUUGAGUCGGAUAUGUAGGUGGUCUGAACACAUGCUUAUGGUUCCUCUUUAGCCUGACUUCCCCGCAAAAAAGGACUCGAAGACUUUGCGGUGAUUUAAAAGCUGCACCUGCAGCGAGUGAAGGUGAUUUGCAUUGAAGAAUUUGUUCUGAGCAGGGGUUGGUUCAGUUGUUUCAAAGCGAGGGCAAAUUUAUGUAACAUUAAAGGGCAGGUAUGAAUUGUGCAUACGUCAGAUGGUUGUAACCCUGUUACAGGACUGCCUGUGUAGGAGUAAUCCUUCACAGGCCUAUCUGGCAACGUAGAAACCUGGUUAUGAACCAGGAAUUGGGCAGGUUACAUCCUUAAAUGACAAGUUCUCUUCUGCUUUGUUUUUUAACCUUAUAAAUAAGAUUUAGUAAUAGAGAGCAACAUGUGUUCACUGAUUAACAUCUAAAGUAAUGGUGGUAGAGUGGCAUGGAAAGACUAGAGUCUCUAGUAUAAUCAUGACAAAUUUAACCCAGUUACUUGGGCCAUACAAAAGCCGUGUUUAUAACUCUGCCUCAGGAAAAAGUAAACCUCAUUUGAUACAAAGAGUUAAGAUGUCCAAUUAAAAUAAAUAAUUACGCAAUGGAGGUUUAUUUUACCUAUGAAAUGCUAAGUAAAUUUACACAAGAUCUAGUAACAUUAAGACUUUUGUAACAAUUUUGGAGAUGUAGGUCCUGCUCCAGAGUAGGCAACAGAUGUCUUUUCCUCCAUUGUAUGCUGGAAAGAGUAAAAUCAGAAAACCUGGAGAACUAUACAAAGCCUAAGACGUCAACCAGCACCACCACCACCAUCACACAUGGGCAGCGUCUUGGUACCUCUGCAGUGUUACCACUUGUGUGAGCAUGAAGGGAGAGAUGCAUGUCCCGCUCUCAGCCCUACUCUGUUUAUAUGGUAAAAAAAAAAAAAAAGUAGGAGAUCCUUAUUUGAGGUCUUCUAUCUAACCUGUGGCUUAUGGUA